UCUUAUGUAAGGAGUUGAAGGGGAAAUAAAAUAUACAGGAUGAAAAGAUGGCACUGUUGCCUCCCCCAGGACCUCAGAGCUUUGUCUGCUUCACCAAACAGUCUCUUACCCUCAUUGAGCAACGCAUUGCUGAAGGAAAAACAAAGGAACCCAAAGAAGAAAAGAAAGAUGAUGAUGAUGAAGGUCCAAAGCCAAGCAGUGACUUGGAAGCUGGCAAGCAGUUGCCCUUCAUCUAUGGAGACAUUCCUCCAGGCAUGGUGUCAGAGCCCCUGGAAGACCUGGACCCUUACUACGCAGACAAAAAAACAUUCAUAGUAUUGAACAAAGGUAAAGCAAUCUUCCGUUUUAACGCCACACCUGCUUUGUACAUGCUAUCUCCUUUCAGUCCUCUAAGAAGAAUAUCUAUUAAGAUUUUAGUACACUCCUUAUUCAGCAUGCUGAUCAUGUGCACUAUUCUGACAAACUGCAUAUUUAUGACCAUGAGUAGCCCUCCAGAUUGGACAAAAAACGUAGAGUACACUUUUACUGGAAUAUAUACUUUUGAAUCACUUGUAAAAAUCCUAGCAAGAGGCUUUUGUGUAGGACAAUUCACUUUCCUUCGUGACCCAUGGAACUGGCUGGAUUUUAUCGUCAUUGUUUUUGCGUAUUUAACAGAAUUUGUAAACCUAGGCAAUGUUUCAGCUCUUCGCACUUUCAGAGUCUUGAGAGCUUUGAAAACUAUUUCUGUAAUCCCAGGCCUGAAGACCAUUGUGGGGGCCUUAAUCCAGUCUGUGAAGAAACUUUCUGAUGUCAUGAUCCUGACUGUGUUCUGUCUGAGUGUGUUUGCGCUAAUAGGACUACAACUGUUCAUGGGCAACCUGAGGCAUAAAUGUCUGCAAAAUUCAGUUAAAAAUAAUGAAACAUUAAAAAGCAUGAUAGAUACCUUUGAGAAUGAAGAAGACUUUAAACAAUAUUUUUAUUACUUGGAGGGAUCCAAAGAUGCUCUCCUUUGUGGUUUCAGCGCGGAUUCAGGUCAGUGUCCAGAGGGGUACACCUGUGUGAAAAUUGGCAAGAACCCUGAUUAUGGCUACACAAGCUUUGAUACUUUCAGUUGGGCCUUCUUAGCCUUGUUUCGGCUAAUGACCCAGGAUUACUGGGAAAACCUUUACCAACAGACACUACGUGCUGCUGGCAAAACCUACAUGAUCUUCUUUGUUGUGGUGAUUUUCCUGGGCUCCUUUUAUCUGAUAAACUUAAUCCUGGCUGUGGUUGCCAUGGCUUAUGAAGAACAGAACCAGGCAAACAUCGAAGAAGCUAAACAGAAAGAGUUCGAAUUUCAACAAAUGUUAGACCGACUUAAAAAAGAGCAAGAAGAAGCUGAGGCAAUAGCAGCAGCAGUUGCUGAAUAUACAAGUAUUGGGAGAAGCAGAAUUACGGGCCUCUCAGAGAGUUCUUCUGAAACAUCCAAACUGAGCUCUAAAAGUGCUAAGGAAAGAAGAAACAGAAGAAAGAAAAAGAAUCAAAAGAAGCUGUUCAGUGGGGAGGAAAAGGGAGAUGUUGAGAAAUUGUCCAAAUCAGAAUCAGAAGAGAGUAUCCGGAGAAAAAGUUUCCACCUUGGUGUUGAAGGGCAAAGGCGAGCACGGGAGAAGAGAUUGUCUACCCCAAACCAGUCACCCCUCAGCAUUCGUGGCUCGUUGUUUUCUGCGAGGCGAAGCAGCAGAACAAGUCUUUUUAGUUUCAAAGGGCGAGGAAAAGAUAUAGGAUCUGAGACUGAAUUUGCUGAUGACGAACACAGCAUUUUCGGAGACAACGAGAGCAGAAGGGGUUCUCUGUUUGUGCCCCAUAGACCCCAGGAGCAACGCAGCAAUAACAUCAGCCAAGCCAGUAGGUCUCCCCCAGUGCUGCCAGUGAACGGAAAGAUGCACAGUGCCGUGGACUGCAAUGGUGUGGUCUCCCUGGUUGAUGGACCCUCAGCCCUCAUGCUCCCCAAUGGACAGCUUCUGCCAGAGGGUACAACUAAUCAAAUACACAAAAAAAGACGCUGCAGUUCUUACCUCCUCUCAGAGGAUGUGCUGAAUGAUCCCCAUCUCAGACAAAGAGCAAUGAGUAGAGCAAGCAUACUCACAAAUACAGUAGAAGAACUUGAAGAGUCCAGACAAAAAUGUCCACCUUGGUGGUACAGAUUUGCACACACAUUCUUGAUUUGGAAUUGCUCUCCAUAUUGGAUAAAAUUCAAAAAGUUCAUCCAUUUUAUUGUAAUGGAUCCUUUUGUAGAUCUUGCAAUUACCAUUUGCAUAGUUUUAAACACAUUGUUUAUGGCUAUGGAGCACCACCCAAUGACAAAUGAAUUCAGAAAUGUACUGGUGGUGGGAAAUUUGGUCUUUACUGGAAUCUUUGCAGCUGAGAUGGUUUUAAAACUAAUUGCCAUGGAUCCAUAUGAGUAUUUCCAAGUAGGCUGGAAUAUUUUUGACAGCCUCAUUGUGACUUUAAGUUUAGUGGAGCUUUUUCUGGCAGAUGUGGAAGGAUUGUCAGUUCUGCGAUCAUUCAGACUGCUCCGAGUCUUCAAGUUGGCAAAAUCCUGGCCAACACUGAACAUGCUGAUAAAAAUCAUUGGUAACUCAGUGGGGGCUCUGGGCAACCUCACCUUGGUGUUGGCCAUCAUUGUCUUCAUUUUUGCCGUGGUGGGCAUGCAGCUCUUUGGUAAGAGCUACAGAGAAUGUGUCUGCAAGAUCAAUGCUGACUGUAAGCUUCCUCGCUGGCACAUGAACGACUUCUUCCAUUCCUUCCUGAUCGUGUUCCGCGUGCUCUGUGGAGAGUGGAUAGAGACCAUGUGGGACUGUAUGGAAGUCGCUGGUCAAGCCAUGUGCCUUAUUGUUUACAUGAUGGUCAUGGUCAUUGGAAACCUAGUGGUCCUGAACCUAUUUCUGGCUUUAUUAUUGAGCUCAUUUAGUUCAGACAAUCUUACAGCAGUUGAAGAAGACACUGAUGCAAACAACCUCCAGAUUGCAGUGGCCAGAAUUAAAAAGGGAAUAAAUUAUGUGAAGCAAACUUUACAUGAAUGUAUUCUAAAAGCAUUUUCCAAAACGCCAAAGAUUUCCAGGGAGAUAAGACAAACAGAAGAACUAAAUACUAAGAAGGAAAACUAUAUAUCUAACCGAACACUUGCUGAAAUAAGCAAAGAUCACAAUUUCCGCAAGGAAAAAGAUAGAAUCAGUGGUUUUGCGAGAAGCAUGGACAAAUACUUGAUGGAAGAAAGUGAUUGUCAAUCAUUUAUUCAUAAUCCCAGUCUCACAGUGACAGUGCCAAUUGCACCUGGGGAAUCUGAUUUGGAGAAUAUGAAUACAGAGGAACUUAGCAGUGAUUCAGAUAGUGAAUACAGCAAAGAGAGAUUAAACCGAUCCAGUUCUUCAGAGUGCAGCACAGUUGAUAACCCUUUACCUGGAGAAGGAGAGGAGGCAGAGGCUGAACCUGUGAAUUCUGAUGAGCCAGAGGCCUGUUUUACAGAUGGUUGUGUACGGAGGUUUUCAUGCUGCCAAGUUAACAUAGAGUCAGGGAAAGGAAAAUUCUGGUGGAACAUCAGGAAAACCUGCUAUAGGAUAGUUGAACACAGUUGGUUUGAAAGCUUCAUUGUUCUCAUGAUCCUUCUCAGCAGUGGUGCUCUGGCUUUUGAAGACAUAUAUAUUGAAAGAAAAAAGACCAUUAAGAUUAUUCUGGAAUAUGCUGACAAGAUAUUCACAUAUAUCUUCAUCCUGGAAAUGCUUCUAAAAUGGGUAGCAUAUGGUUAUAAAACGUACUUCACCAAUGCCUGGUGUUGGCUGGAUUUCUUAAUUGUCGAUGUUUCUUUGGUUACUUUGGUGGCAAACACUCUUGGCUAUUCAGACCUUGGCCCUAUUAAAUCCCUUCGGACACUUAGAGCUUUAAGACCUCUAAGAGCCUUAUCUAGAUUUGAAGGAAUGAGGGUGGUUGUAAAUGCACUCAUAGGAGCAAUUCCUUCCAUCAUGAAUGUGCUACUUGUGUGUCUUAUAUUCUGGCUAAUAUUUAGUAUCAUGGGAGUAAAUUUGUUUGCUGGCAAAUUCUAUGAGUGUAUUAAUACCACAGAUGGAUCACGGUUUUCUACAAUUCAAGUUCAAAAUCGUUCCGACUGUUUUGCCCUUAUGAAUGUUAGUCAAAAUGUGCGAUGGAAAAACCUGAAAGUGAAUUUUGAUAACGUUGGUCUUGGUUACCUAUCUCUGCUUCAAGUUGCAACAUUUAAAGGAUGGAUGGAUAUUAUGUAUGCAGCAGUUGAUUCUGUUAAUGUAAACAAGCAGCCGAAAUAUGAAUACAGCCUCUACAUGUAUAUUUAUUUUGUCAUCUUUAUCAUCUUUGGGUCAUUCUUCACUUUGAACUUGUUCAUUGGUGUCAUCAUAGACAAUUUCAACCAACAGAAAAAGAAGCUUGGAGGUCAAGACAUCUUUAUGACAGAAGAACAGAAGAAAUACUAUAAUGCAAUGAAAAAGUUGGGGUCCAAAAAACCACAAAAGCCAAUUCCUCGGCCAGGGAACAAAUUCCAAGGAUGUAUAUUUGACCUAGUAACAAAUCAAGCUUUUGAUAUUACUAUCAUGGUUCUGAUCUGCCUCAAUAUGGUAACCAUGAUGGUAGAAAAGGAGGGACAAAGUAAAUAUAUGACGGAUGUUUUAUAUUGGAUAAAUUUGGUUUUUAUUAUCCUUUUCACUGGAGAAUGUGUGCUAAAACUCAUCUCCCUCAGGCACUACUACUUCACUGUAGGAUGGAACAUUUUUGAUUUUGUGGUUGUGAUUCUCUCCAUUGUAGGUAUGUUUCUGGCAGAGAUGAUAGAAAAGUAUUUUGUGUCCCCUACCCUGUUCCGAGUGAUCCGCCUUGCCAGGAUUGGCAGAAUCCUUCGUCUGAUCAAAGGAGCAAAGGGGAUACGUACUCUGCUCUUUGCAUUGAUGAUGUCCCUUCCCGCGUUGUUUAACAUCGGCCUCCUGCUCUUCCUGGUCAUGUUCAUCUAUGCCAUCUUUGGAAUGUCUAACUUUGCCUAUGUUAAAAAGGAAGCUGGAAUUAAUGACAUGUUCAACUUUGAGACUUUUGGCAACAGCAUGAUCUGCUUGUUUCAAAUUACCACCUCUGCUGGCUGGGAUGGAUUGCUAGCACCUAUUCUCAACAGUGCACCACCUGACUGUGACCCAAAAAAAGUUCAUCCUGGAAGUUCAGUUGAAGGAGACUGUGGGAACCCAUCUGUUGGGAUUUUCUAUUUUGUCAGUUACAUCAUCAUAUCGUUUCUGGUUGUGGUGAACAUGUACAUUGCUGUCAUUCUGGAGAACUUCAGUGUUGCUACUGAAGAAAGUACUGAGCCUCUGGGUGAGGAUGACUUUGAGAUGUUCUAUGAAGUCUGGGAAAAGUUUGAUCCAGAUGCAACUCAGUUCAUAGAAUUUAGCAAACUCUCUGAUUUUGCUGCUGCUCUGGAUCCUCCUCUUCUCAUAGCAAAACCAAACAAAGUCCAGCUCAUUGCCAUGGAUCUGCCCAUGGUCAGUGGUGACCGAAUUCAUUGCCUUGAUAUUUUAUUUGCUUUUACAAAGCGUGUUUUGGGUGAAAGUGGAGAGAUGGAUUCUCUUCGUUCACAGAUGGAAGAAAGGUUUAUGUCUGCAAAUCCUUCUAAAGUGUCCUAUGAACCCAUCACAACUACAUUAAAAAGAAAACAAGAGGAUGUGUCUGCUACUAUCAUUCAACGUGCUUACAGACGUUAUUGCUUACGGCAAAAUGUCAAAAAUAUAUCAAGCAUAUGCAUAAAAGAUGAAGACAGAGAUGAUGACUUGCCCAAUAAAGAAGACAUGGUUCUUGAUAACGUUCAUGAGAACUCAAGUCCAGAAAAAACAGAUGCAACUUCAUCUACUACCUCUCCACCAUCAUAUGAUAGUGUAACAAAGCCAGACAAAGAGAAAUAUGAAAAAGACAGAUCAGAAAAGGAAGACAAAGACAAAGAUGGCAAGGAAAAAAAAUAGAGCUUCAUUUUUUUAUAUAUUGUUUACAGUCUGUGAAGGCAAUUUAUUUGUGUUGAUAAGACUCUUUUGAGAAGGUCUAUGCCAAAACUCUUUUUAUCAAAAUAUUCUCAAAGGCAGUGCAGUCACUAGCUCUGAUUCCCUGAGAUAGGUGGGCAGCAUUAGCAGAUGGCUAUUUUUGCAUUGAUGAUUCUGUAAGAAUUGUAAGAGUAACUCUGUAGGGAUUAUUGAUUAUAGCAAACAAAGAUAACUUAAUUUUUUUUGUUUUUCAUAAAUCAGAAGACCAUGUAGAAAAUUUUUAAAUCUGCCUUGUCAUCUUUUCACAGGAUUGUAAUUAUUCAUGUUUCCCAUGUAAAUACAAGUACACACACAGAAGAUAUCUAUUAGUUACCUAUUAUUUGGAAAUAAAAGUAUUUUGCCUUGGCUUUGCAAUGAAAUGCUUAAUAUAACUAACGGAUAUUGGUAAUGAAUGUUUAGUUAAAACAUAUUCAUAUUAGGGAGCUUGAUUUUUUUAUUCAUGUACAGAGGUUAUUCUAUUUUGAGGUGCUCAAAUUUAUUCUACAUUACAUCAGAACCUAUUUAUAUGUACCUAUAAAAUGCCAUGGGAUUAAAAACAUAUAUAGGCUA